CUCUACUGCAGCAAACAUUUAUAGAAGAAGCAAAACUAGUCCAACGCAUGAAAAGUAAUCCGGGAAUUUCUUUGUGACAAAUUGGACACAAAAAAUCUUGUACGUAUAUCGUAGACCUUUUCCAGAGCUCGUGGGUAUAAAUACAUGCCAUCGAUCGCAGUUAGCAUCACCCCUGCAUCACUCGAACUUGCAAGCUGCAGAGCUCACGUUGAGCAGUGAGCAACUGUUCCAUUGGCGCACUGAUCGAACGAGCAGUGCGAACUUGAGAUCGAGCAGCUAAGCGAGAUCGACGCCGCCGCCGCCGCCAUGGAGCACGCCGACGCGGACCGCACGCGGGUGGCGCCCGAGAUCGGGAGCCUGCACGACGAGGACGCGGAGGCGGACCCGGCGCGGGCGCGGGAGAUGGAGCGGCUGCAGCCGUGGCGGGAGCAGGUGACGGCGCGCGGGGUGGUGGCGGCGGCGCUGAUCGGGUUCGUGUUCAGCGUCAUCGUGAUGAAGAUCGCGCUCACCACGGGGCUGGUGCCCACGCUCAACAUCUCCGCCGCGCUGCUCGCCUUCCUCGCGCUCCGCGGCUGGACGCGCGCGCUGGAGCGCCUCGGCUUCUCGCCGCGGCCCUUCACGCGGCAGGAGAACACCGUCGUCCAGACCUGCGCCGUCGCCUGCUACACCAUAGCCUUCGGCGGUGGGUUCGGAUCGACAUUGCUGGGCCUGAACAAGAGGACGUACGAGCUGGCCGGGAACUCACCAGGCAAUGUGCCAGGGAGCUAUAAGGAGCCUGGGAUUGGCUGGAUGGUAGGGCUCCUCCUGGCUAUUAGCUUCGCGGGUAACCUCAGCUUGAUUCCCCUAAGAAAGGCUUUGGUCGUAGACUACAAAUUAACUUAUCCAAGUGGAACUGCAACAGCUGUUCUUAUCAACGGGUUCCACACAGCCCAAGGAGAUAAGAAUGCAAAAUUGCAACUCCAUGGGUUUCUAAAAUAUUUUGGGCUUAGCUUAUUUUGGAGCUUCUUCCAAUGGUUCUACACGGGAGGCAAUGCCUGUGGAUUUGUUCAGUUCCCUACUUUUGGUCUGAAAGCCUGGAAACAAUCAUUCUUCUUUGAUUUUAGCCUCACAUAUGUUGGUGCGGGGAUGAUUUGCUCACACCUUGUGAACCUCUCUACCCUCCUUGGUGCGGUCAUUUCAUGGGGAAUAAUGUGGCCACUUAUCAGCAAACAUAAGGGGGACUGGUACCCUGCAAACAUACCUGAAAGCAGCAUGACAAGUUUGUAUGGUUACAAGUCGUUUUUAUGCAUUGCUCUGAUUAUGGGGGAUGGCCUGUACCAUUUUGUUAAAGUUACCGGUGUCACUGCUAAGAGUUUACAUAAUAGAUUUAACCGAAAAAGUGUUAGCAACACAGCAUCAGAGGAGGGUGAUAUGGUUUCAUUAGAUGAUCUACAACGUGAUGAGGUAUUCAAGAGGGGUACUGUCCCUUCUUGGAUGGCAUACAGUGGUUACUUCUUGCUAAGCAUCAUUGCGGUAAUCACCAUACCGAUAAUGUUUCGACAAGUGAAGUGGUACUACGUGAUCAUAGCCUACGCGCUCGGCCCGGUGCUAGGAUUCGCCAAUUCCUACGGAGCAGGGCUCACGGACAUCAACAUGGGGUACAACUACGGCAAGAUCGCUCUCUUCGUCUUUGCAGCUUGGGCUGGCAAGGACAAUGGCGUCAUAGCCGGCCUUGUGGUUGGCACCCUGGUGAAGCAGCUGGUGCUCGUCUCUGCCGAUCUGAUGCACGAUCUCAAGACGGGACAUCUCACCUUGACAUCGCCGAGGUCCAUGCUCGUGGGAGAGCUCAUCGGGACAGGCAUUGGCUGCUUCAUCGCGCCACUGACGUUCAUGCUGUUCUACAGGGCGUUUGACAUCGGGAACCCCGAUGGCUACUGGAAGGCGCCAUACGCGCUGAUCUACCGCAACAUGGCGAUCCUCGGGAUCGAGGGCAUCUCGGCGCUGCCCAAGCACUGCCUCUCGCUCUCCGUCGGGUUCUUCGCGUUCGCCGUGCUCACGAACGUGGCGAGGGACGCCCUGCCGGCGAGGUACAAGAAGCUCGUGCCGCUGCCGACGGCGAUGGCCGUGCCGUUCCUCGUAGGGGCGAGCUUCGCCAUCGACAUGUGCGUCGGGAGCCUGGUGCUGUUUGCUUGGAACAAGAUGAACAAGAAGGAGGCUGCCUUCAUGGUGCCUGCUGUUGCGUCUGGGCUCAUGUGUGGCGAUGGCAUUUGGACCUUCCCUUCUUCUAUCCUUGCUCUCGCUAAGAUUAAGCCACCGAUCUGCAUGAAGUUUACGCCUGGAAGCUAAGAGGUGUAGUGUGUUUAAUUUCAUGGGUGGAGGAUUGCAGAAAUAAACAGUGAUGAUUAACUGUAAAUGUGUCUUUUGGUUGUAGUGAGCUGCUGUUUGCCUAUGAUCCAAGUCAUGUUUGUGUUUUAAUUUACCUAUCGAAUUAGCUGUGUUUGUACACUUGUACAUUUUAUAACUUGAGAAUUGUUUAGUUUGGCAUACAUAAAAUAUGUUAUAACUUUUUUUACUCACAUGUAUAGGAUUGAUGACUACUACACUGUAAUCUCAACUAAGGUUGUGUUCGAGUA